CGAUCAUAUUUCACAUUCAUUCCAUUGAUCACAUUUCACAUUCACAUUCACACUCGCGUUCUCUUCCAAGAUGGCGAGAUAAAAUACAAUCGCACAUGUCAGCCAUGCUGCGAGACCAAGAACCAGCACAGCACAAGAGCAAGCGACAACAAGGGCUGCGGGCAGGAGGGCAGGCGGCAGGACGAGGAGAAGGAGAUCUCAGGAAACAGGCCGUAGCCUUGGCAGGACGAGCCGUCUCCUCCGCACUCUCCGCACUCGUCGACGCUCUUGGCGCUGAAGCAGGAGCCAUCGCACCCCAGGUCGUUUCCGUUUCCUCCGCACACGCCGCAAACAUCCUUCUUGGGGGGGCGGAGGGGAGGGAGGUAGAUUCCUCCGUCGCAUCCCAGGCACUCUGCAAGCAGGUAGCUACCACCACACACCCCGCAAGGGUCUCUCUUGACACCGCCGAAGGGGACGCCAUGGCAGUCAACGCACAAGUCGGUUCCUCCGCAGACGCUGCACCGGUCGAGGACGAGGGGACUGUAGGCAACUCCAUCGCAGCCGUAGGGAAGCGACUUGACCGAGAAGAUGGAGAGAUGGCGGGAAGCACAGGUCACCUCCUCCCCGCUGAUGUUCCUCACGCUCAGACCUGACACGCUCCACACGUCCCGAGAGUCCAGGAAGACGCAGGAGGGCUUGUCGAUGGUUCGGCCUGUGGCGUUGUCGUAGGAAGGAGAAGGAAGGUCAG